AUGGCGAGGAAGAAGAGAGUGCUUACGGUCAAUGAAAAGAGCUUCGGCAUUUACAUCUACAAGGUGCUGAAGCAGGUGCACCCCGACACGGGCAUCUCCCAAAAGGCCAUGGCCAUCAUGAACUCGUUCGUUCAUGACAUUUCGAAUCGUAUUCAAGCGGAAGCUGCGGCCCUUGCUGAAAUCGGCGCCAAGAAAUCCCUCACGAGCAGAGAGAUCCAGACGGCCGUGCGCCUUCACCUUCCCGGUGAACUGGCCAAGGUAGGCACCCAGCCGUCCCCUCGUGCAAGGCGCCUGUUGGGAGAGGGGGGGGGGCAAUAG